AAAACUGUCGUUCAGACGUCUAGUCAUUGCAGACGUCGUUGAGAGUGAUAUUGUCUCAAUAUGACAUCUCGAGAUCUGGCGUUAGCCGCUGUCUUCGUGAUCAUGGCCUAUGUGGUUUCAGGCUGUGAAGAAAAAAAGACUAAGAUAACCUGUGAGCAUCAAACCGCUAGAAUCGAUUGCAAGGCAGGAUACAUCUUCAUUCAUCAGGCAUCCUACGGUAGAAACAACCGUCAGACUUGCCCCAGCCCAUUAAUCCGGCAAACAAGCAACUGCAGAUCUGACAUCUCUCUGCAAGAGGUCCGCAAAGCGUGCCAAGGGCAUCACCGUUGCUCCAUUAUUGCCAGCAAUGGUGUCUUUGGAGAUCCUUGUUUUGGAACGUUCAAGUACUUGCAAUUUGCCUACUCGUGCUGGCUAGCGCCUAGGAUGAAGAUCACCCGCCGUGCGUGUGAAGGAACUACACUCCGAUUGUAUUGCCCGUUUGGAUACAAGAUCAGAAUUUCUGAAGCUAUCUAUGGAAGAACAUCGUAUCACCCUUGCAUACACACACAUCGUCACAACCUCAAGUGCAGAGCAGCAAAGUCUUACGGCAUAGUUAAAUCCCAGUGUGAUGGUAAGAACCGCUGCUAUGUUAGGGCAUCAAACAGUGUCUUUGGUGACCCUUGCUAUGGAACUUAUAAAUACCUUCAAGUAGACUAUGUGUGUUUCAAGUAAAGCAGCUGAAAAAGACAGUGCAAGUGCAGUAUGGCUGCAGAAACACUUGGGAACAUAAACGUGUACUACUAGUAGAUAAUUUGACUGACACAGAGAAUUCAUUCUAGAUGUAAUUUAGAGUUGAUCAUCAUGGAGCACAAAAAAGUAGUACACGCCAUUGUAGCUAAAUUGUUUGAAAGAGUGCACAUGUAUGUGACGCCAUUAUGGCUAAGAAUGUUUGAAGUUUAGUUCAUAAUUC